AUUUGGUAUGACCAUGACCCUAUGUCCACCAUUAUUGAAGAAGACUCCGUGUUUGUCAAAUCUUUCUUCACCAUUCCAGAUGAGGAAAUCGAGUCAAAGCUCCACCUUCAGUCACCAUGGCACCUUUGGCUGGUGCUUGACCGUGCCAGAAAGAUUGAUUGGAGUCUUGCUGUGGUUGCUGGCUGCAUCACUGGGAGCUUCAAGAUGGACCUCUUCAUUGUCUGGAGUGAAGAUAACUCAGAGAAAUGGGCAGGGUACAGUCGAAGAAGACGUCUUCCUCUGCCAAUUCAAGAACACAACAUUGAACUUGGUCAGCCUGUGCAGUGUCCCUACCUCGUAUUUUUGUUGGAGUAUGAUGAGGGGAGCAUCCAGAGAAAUGGGCAGGGUACAGUCGAAGAAGACGUCUUCCUCUGCCAAUUCAAGAACACAACAUUGAACUUGGUCAGCCUGUGCAGUGUCCCUACCUCGUAUUUUUGUUGGAGUAUGAUGCUCCCCUCAUCAUACUCCAACAAAAAUACGAGGUAG